UCUUCUAAGCCUCUCACUUUUUUUAGCCUCUCACUAUUAUUGUCCUCUUCUUUUCUAGUACCAUAAACAACUCUUCCAUUUCACUUCUUGUAUUUGUGCAUAACUCAAAACCUCAUUUGCCCUGUUUCAUAUCUCCUCUGUUUUCAUGCAAAUGUCUCCCCUGCAUUCUCAAUUACUAGUUUUCAGCACCCUCAUUUUGCUUCUCAAUGUCCAAUUAACUCAUGCCACGUCGACAACGACAGCAAUUGCCAAAGACCAAAUAUCCUGCACAAUGUGCUCCUCCUGUGACAACCCAUGUCAGCCCAUUUCAUCUCCGCCACCACCACCAUCAUCUGACUAUAAUUUUCAUCCACCACAAUAUUGCCCGGGAGGUUGCUCUCAGCAGCCUCCAUCACCGCCUUAUAAUGGCGGUGGUGGUGGUGUCGGUGAUGGUGAUUACUACUAUCCUCCGACAGACCCUUCUGUAUACCCAAUCCCUCCACCUCCAAACCCCAUUCUGCCAUAUUUCCCUUUCUAUUUUCACAACCCUCCUUCACCUUAUACAGUUGACUCCAAAUCUGUUCAGUUCAAGAACCAUCCUUUUAUCACUUGUCUCAUUCUUGUUCUACCCAUUUUCUUGUGUCUGUAACCAUAAUUUUAUCCCAUUUUAACCAAUCAGAAUAUGUAUUUCAGUCUUAGAGACACUGUUUUUUCUUUAAUAAUUGUAGUGUUUUGCACAAGCUUAGGCACAACUCAACUAAUUUCAUGGGAUACAUGUUACGUUCACGGGAUAGGUUUAAGAAGUCAAGAAGCUAGUAGUGGACUAAACAAAUUGUGCCACCAAAUUUCCAUAGAAAAUUUAAGAGUGUUUGCUUUGAGGACAUCCUAAUCUACUUUUGUAGAUGUGGUAUGUAGAAUUAUAGAGUCUAUCUGUCUUAUUACAUGUAUUAUUGUUGAUAGUACUGGUUUUUUUUUAUUGUUGUAUACAUGUAAUUUUCAUAUCCUCCUUAAAAUUCUGA